AUACGCCCUUGCGUGAUCGGCUCCCAACGGCCCUGCUUCACUGAUUAUCUUAGCAUUCUUUAGACAUUUCAUGCUCAUUAAAUCGAAACGCCGCAAACAUGGCUUUCGCGUGCAACAUCGCUUGGCUUCUUUUAGUCUCUCUUUUGCAACAAGUCUUCAGCAUUGAAUUCGCACCAGUUGUCGACACAACUAAUGGACCUGUACGAGGCCUGACUGUAACUCUACCCACCGGACAUGCCGUGAGACGGUACAUGGGCAUCCCUUUCGCCAAAGCCGAGCGCUUCAAAGCCCCGGUCGACCCUACGCCAUGGACAAGUACCAGGGAUGCAUUCGUGAACGGAAAGAUGUGCCCACAAGACCUUACUGAAUACAUGGAGCAGUUUACAACUAAUGAUAUGAGCGAGGACUGCCUUAAUCUGGACAUGUUUGUGCCGAAUAACACGGCAGCGGGCGCGAUGAAGUCCGUCAUGGUGUGGAUAUAUGGGGGUGCGUUUGUCUCUGGCGCUAAUCGACUCUACGAUGGUAGCGUUAUUUCUGGAGAAGGAGAUGUGAUCGUUGUAGUUGUUAAUUAUCGUGUUGGGAUAUUUGGCUUCCUAGCGACCGGCAAGAAUGGUGUGACUGGUAAUUAUGGAAUGCUGGAUCAAGUGAAGUCGCUACAAUGGGUCAGGGGUAAUAUUAACAAGUUCGGAGGAGAUGCUGGGAAGGUGACCAUAUUUGGCGAGUCUGCCGGGGGUGCUAGUGUUGGUCUACUCAUGCUAUCGCCGCUGGCCAAUGGUUUGUUCCGUAGCGCUAUUCCUCAGAGUGGAAAUGCAGCGGGACAUUGGGUCGCUUCGGAAUACAGUUAUGCGGCGAAAGUCGCAAGUGCUUUUGGUAAGGCCAGCGGCUGCACAGACCUCGAUAACAUAGUCAAGUGCCUUGAACCGAAAAACUUCACUCAAAUCCUGGAUGCGGCUAAAGCUAUACCGGUCAUCGGUGACGGCCAUAUCUCCCCUGUCAUCGACGGGAACUUCUUACCUGAUUCUCCCAUCACCCUUUUAAAGGAGGGAAAAUUCAAUAAAGUGGAUGUGAUGAUCGGUACAACAAACGACGAUGGAACAGUUUUUCUUCCUCCAUCCUCACCGCUUUUCAACAUCUCCGUGGGCAUGCCGCGAAUCGUGUUUCUGCAGGCGGGUAAGGCUUUGAGCCUGCCAACUGCCAACCAGUCUAACGAGACGACAGCAGCCAUUAUCUACCGCUACACCAACUGGGCUAACGUCAAUGACCCAGCUGGAAACAGACGCAUGUACAUCAACAUGAUGACCGACGCCAUGUUUACCGCGCCAGCUGCACUAUCAGCCAGCGGUUUCCUUGCAAAAGGAUGCGCCACCUAUCUCUACGAGUUCGAGCAUCGUGGUGCACUCGGCUUUGAUGGGCAUCCAAUUCCCUCCUGGCAAAGAGCUUAUCAUGGCGCCGAAAUCCAGUUCUUGUUUGGGAUGGCGUUAGUUAGUAACGUCACGGACCCUGUGGAGGCUAACUUCACCCGUGACGUCAUUCAACGGUGGACAAACUUUGCUAAAUCGGGGAACCCCAACAAUCCAGACCAGCCCUCGUUUGCUUGGCCAGCUUAUGACGCAGGGUCUCAGCAUUACCUCAGACUCAAGCCCAGUCCCUCGAGCGCGCAGCAUCUUCGCGCGGAUCACAUGGCUUUCUGGAAUGUUCUGAUUCCUGAGCUGAUCGCGUCAGAGAGGAGCACAGUUGUUCCGCCGGCCUGUCCACCGCGAAGCGGCGCUACACACGAUGUGGCCCCCAUACGGAUGGUCCUCCUGUGGUUCAUCAUCCUCGCUUUCAUGCUGAGCAAAUAGGCCGAGACUAUUGACCUAGCCUUUCACCCAGAUAGAAAUAGAUUAGGAAAACUGUUAUGUAUAGGUUUUCAUUAGGGACUAAUUAAAAAAAAACACGAAAUAUCAAA